AUGGCACUUGAUUCAAUUCAACUCCCAAAGAUCAUUACUAAUCUAGAAUGGCUAGAAGCUCGCGAACUUUUACAAACAAAAUUUGAUCUAGCAAUUGAUGAAACUGACAAAUUGUUUUGUGCUAAAUAUGUACAUGACAGUCAUUUAUGGAAACAUGGUACAGAAGAACAAAAACUUAUAUUAACACAGAAUCGUGGUGCAAUCUAUGAAAAGAAACCUCCAUAUUGUUUAGUUUGUUUACCAUUUUAUAAAUUUUGGAAUUAUAAUGAAUCAUACGCUCCUACUAUGACUGGUCAUUGGAAAUCUUUUACCGAAAAGUUAGAUGGUUCAUUUUUUAAAGUAUACUAUUUUCAAAAUGAAUGGCAUAUCAGUAGCAAUAGUCGAAUUGAUAUUAAACAAUUUCGACAAAAAUAUAUUCGUUGUGGUAAAACAAAUGAACAAUUAUGGCAAGAAGCAGCAACAGAAGCUGGCCUUGAUUAUUCGAAAUUAAAUAAAAGAUAUGCAUAUUUUUUUGAACGUGUUCAUCCAGAUUAUAAAAUUGUUAUACCAUAUGAUAAACCAAUGUUGUAUCAUUUGGGUACUCGUGAUAUGUUGACAUUGAAAGAACUUGAAAUUGAUAUUGGUGUACCAAAACCACGAUCAUUUCAGUUUUUAGACUUAAAUGAGUGUUUACAAUAUGUAAAUAAAAUGCAUUUCACGGAAGGAGAAGGUAUUGUAGCAUGUGAUAUGCAAACCUAUGAUCGUAUUAAAAUUAAAAGUCGUUCGUAUUUAAUAAUUCAUUAUCGCACAGUUGGCAUGGAAAAUGAACAUAAACAAGGACAAUUCUGUUUAAUUAUUUGGUUGCAAGGUGAAAAACAAGAAUAUUUAAAUUAUUUUCCAGAAUAUAUUCCCGAAUAUGAUCAAAUUGAAAAAAAACUCGAGAAAUCAAUUAUUCCAAAUUUAAUCAACGAAUUUACAAAGUUUUACAGAAGUGAUAAGAAAGAGUUUUUCAAUAAUCUUGAUCGUGAAUAUCCAUCAUCAGGAAAACCAGAUCAAGACAGAAAAAGACAAAUCUUCAUUAAAUUAUUUCAACAAUAUCAAAAUGACAAAUGGUCUCAGUUAGUCGAUGAACUAAAGUUUAUAGCUGUACGAACUAUUUUGAGAGAAAGAAAUACGAAUAAUAACGAAAAAUUCAUUUUUGAAAAAUAUCUUCGUUCAUUAAUUACAGUGUAA